UUGAUUCUUAUAUUAUUAUGUUUUAACAUCUAUGUAAGACUAUGGUUUGCAAUAAACAUUUUAGUAUUUGUAGGUUAUCAAUAUGCCGUGGGACUUAAUUUCAAGUUUUUUGAAUAUAAAUAAAUAGAUUAGACUAUUAUAAAUUUUAAAGUUAAAGUUUAAAAGUUUAUUUUGUUUCAAAAUAGUGAGCGAACUCAAACAUAAAAAAUAAAUACAUUGAGUAGAUACUAUUUAAUUUUCAGAGGAAUGGGGAAGAAAAACAAGCAAUCCAGUCAAUUACAAGAGAGUAGUACAAAACAGAAAUUGCUUAACUAUCAAUGUGUUAAAAAAAAUAGCAAUAUGGGCACAAAAGUCCAAAAUAAAAAUAAACAUCUUCCACGUGUUACUCAGGAUCCAGUUGAUGAAGCCAAAAAUAAUUUAAAAAAUAAGGAAAUUCAAAGAAAUGACGAUAUUAAACCUGAUAAUAGUGCUAGCAUAUGCAAUAAUCAUAAAGCUUUGCAAUCUAAGAGAACAGUAUUCAUUGACGAUGUGCCGCAUAAAGUUAAAGAUCAUUCUGGAGAGACAAGUUUAUUGACUAAACAAGAUUCUCUACAAAAGCAAGAUGAAUUUGAAAAUGAGGACUCUGUGCAAGAUGAAGACAUUGACAAAUUUUGCGAUGAGCUUUCACCAGAUGAUAACGAACAAUUUGAAAACUGGGUUAAGUUAAUAGAAGCUAAAUUGCAUAGUAAAAAAUAAAGUUCUAUAAUAUUGUUUACCUUUUUUUGAUAU